AUGUUGGGCCUUGCGAAGAGAAUUGGGGCUAGGUUUCUGCUUACUAGCACCAGUGAGGUCUACGGUGAUCCGCUGGAACAUCCUCAGAAGGAGACUUACUGGGGAAAUGUCAAUCCAAUAGGUGAGAGGAGUUGUUACGAUGAAGGGAAGCGGACUGCGGAGACGUUGACCAUGGAUUACCAUCGAGGUGCUGGCGUAGAGGUUCGCAUUGCUCGAAUUUUCAACACAUAUGGACCCCGGAUGUGUUUAGAUGAUGGGCGUGUCGUUAGCAAUUUUGUUGCACAGGCAAUUCGUAAGCAACCAUUGACUGUAUAUGGUGAUGGGAAGCAAACAAGAAGUUUCCAAUAUGUCUCUGAUUUGGUUAAUGGGCUGGUGGCUUUAAUGGAAGGUGAACACGUGGGACCUUUUAACCUGGGUAACCCAGGGGAGUUUACCAUGUUAGAGCUUGCAGAGGUUGUCAAAGAAACAAUUGAUUCUAGUGCUACAAUAGAAUACAAACCAAACACCGCUGAUGAUCCACACAUGAGGAAGCCAGAUAUUAGCAAAGCGAAGGAACUGCUAAACUGGGAGCCAAAAAUCCCAUUGAGAGAAGGGUUGCCUCUUAUGGUUAAUGAUUUCCGAAAUCGGAUUCUGAAUGAAGACGAAGGUAAAGGGAUGAAAUAA